AUGGGUGUGUCAAAGGACAAGCAAGGCUUGCUCACCAUCGAGGCCAAGCCUUACCCCUUUUCCUUCCCGCUCCAGCACACGGCGCUCCUGGUGAUUGACAUGCAGCGCGAUUUCAUUUGUGCGGGAGGCUUUGGCGAGAUCCAAGGCGGAAAUCUCGAUGCCGUUCAGGCUUCCAUUGCUCCCACGAAGCAACUCCUGGAUGCGUGUCGCGAUGCGGGCAUGCACAUCUUCCACACCCGAGAAGGCCAGGUGCCUUCCCUGGCGGACUGUCCUUCGUCGAAACUUGUUCGACAGGCUGCCGCGCCGGGCAACACGCAGCAUCUGAAGGUCAUCGGCGACAAAGGCGAGCUGGGCCGUCUGCUGGUGCGCGGCGAGUACGGCCACGACAUCGUCGACGAGCUGCAGCCCCUGCCGUCCGAAGUGGUGAUUGACAAGCCCGGCAAGGGCUCAUUUUGGAACACCCCGAUCCUCCACAAGUUGAAAGCCUACGGGAUCACCCACCUUCUCGUCUCCGGGGUCACGACGGAAUGUUGCUUUUCUACCACAAUCCGCGAGGCCAACGAUCGGGGGUUCGAGUGCUGCGGCAUCGUGCAAAGCACGGCCGGCUACAACUCGGCCUUCAAGACCGCCUCGCUGGACAUGAUCCACUGGUCACAGGGCCUAUUCGGGUUUGUGGCCGAUCUCCAGCCGGUGCUGGACGUGCUGUCGCCCUGGCACACUCAGAGCAAGGGAGUCAGCACGCCGCCACAGACACCGCCGUCCUGGGACGGAAAGCUCGGGAUUGCCGACCUCCAGGCCUCGUACAAGAAUGGCCUGUCACCCCUCGAGCUGGUCAAUGCUUUGUUUGACCGAAUUGAGAGAUACGAACACAUUGAUGGCGCGGUCUGGAUCCGACGAGAGUCGAGAGAGGCGGUUCUGGACCAAGCCCGUCGCCUCCUGGAGCUCUAUCCCGACAAGAAUGCCCGCCCAGCAUUGUUUGGUGUGCCUUUCACGGUCAAGGACUCGAUCGACGUGCAGGGCAUCGAAACCACCACGGCUUGCCCCCCACUCGCGUUCGUGGCGACCAAAUCGGCCAUGUGCUACCAGAAGGUGGUUGGACAAGGUGCCCUGUACCUGGGCAAAGUCAACUUGGAUCAAUUGGCAACUGGGCUGAGCGGGUGCAGAAGUCCGUUCGGUGUCACGCAUUCCGUUUUCAGCGACGAGCAUAUAUCUGGCGGGAGCAGCAGCGGAAGUUGUGUGAGUGUGGGCGCAGAUCUGGCGACCUUCUCGCUGGCGACAGACACCGCGGGGUCGGGACGAGUGCCAGCUGGCUUCAACGGCGUGGUGGGAUACAAGCCUACACGCGGGUUGGUGUCCUUUGAAGGGAUCACGCCUGCUUGCUUGUCGCUCGACUGCAUCGCCUUCACCGCCAGGACGGUCGAGGAUGCCCGCACGCUGUGGCAGGUGUGCGAGGGAUACGAUGAGAAUGAUCGUUAUGCCAGAGAUACGUUCCCGGCUGAACGACACGUCAACUCGAUAGGGGCACAGAAGGACGCAUUUCGAUUUGGAAUUCCCCCUCCCGAACUCCUCGAAGUCUGCUCGCCGAGCUUCCGAAAGCUGUUUAACGAAGCUAUCUCCCGACUCCAGGCGAUGGGAGGCACUCUGGUGCCCAUGGACUGGACGCCGUUCCAGAAGGCGGGGGACCUGCUCUACGAAGGCACAUUCGUGUCGGAGCGACUUGCUAGCUUACCCGACGAUUUCCUCGAGAAGAACCGGCAGCAUCUGCACCCAGUCAUCCUCGAGCUGUUCGAGAAGGUGGUGGCACGACAGAGCACGGCGGUCCAACUGUUUCGAGAACUCCAGGCCAAGGCACUGUACACCCGACAAGCCACAUCACAAUUCAGGUCGGCCGACCGAUUAGGGCUGGACGUGGUGUUGGUUCCCACCGCGCCGUGGCAUCCGACCAUCAAGGAAAUGCUGGCAGAUCCCAUCCGGCUCAACGCGAAGAUGGGCACCUUUACGCAUUUUGCCAACGUCUUGGACAUGUGUGGCAUUGCCGUGCCCUCGUCGACGUACCAGGAAAGCGAGGCUGGCCCACGAUUGCCGUUCAGCGUCACGUUCCUGGGCAGCCGAUGCUCGGACAGCGAGGUGUUGGGGAUUGCCAGCCGAUACCAGGAGGCGACGGGGCGAUAG